GCGCGGGUACCGGGCGGGGCGCAGGGAGGCUCCUCCCCCUCCCCGUGGGCGGAGCCGGGUCGAGCCGACAAGAUGGCGGCGGCGCUGAGGGCGGGGGAGAGGUUGCGGUUGGUGGCGGGAGUGCCGAGCCUCGCUUUUACUCGUUCUGCAUUUGUUGCAAAAAGACGUAAUUAUGACCAACCAAACUGGUUUGGAGUUGGCUUGGCUUUUAGCACCACUGCUGCCUUGUGGGCUCUUCUUUUCAAGCAGCAUAAUGAAGAUAUAAUGGAAUACGAAAGAAGAAAACAAGAGAAACAACAUAAGUGUACAGGAUGUUCAUAGUUGACGGUAUGCUCAGUAAGAAAUAACAUGAUCACCAGUUGUCCUACAAAUAAAUGAGCACAGCAGAAGUACAAAGUAUCUAAAUACUUAUAUGUUCAUACAUUUCAUGUGCAGAAUUAUGAAAUAUAUUAUAAGGUCUGGAAGAAACUUAUGGAGACUAUUCUUGCUGCUUAUAUUUGUUCUGCUGGUCCUGAAAUUGUUUUAUGUGGCAUUCCUGUUUCAUAGUUUAUCAAUGUUAAUUUCAAAACUCUCUUUGUUAUUCUGGAAGGUAUAUUACAAAAUGACACCAGUUCAGAGGCAGUUCGGCAAAUAUUCCAGAAGUGUACUCUUGCCCCGCUAUCAUUUUAAUUGUUAAAUUUAUAAAAUAAGCGAUAAGCAAAUACAAGAAUGGGAUUUAUGGGAAACCUAAUAAAACUAAUCUGUACAAAUGCCAAAAUGUGCAUUUGCUACUUCACACAUCAAAGAAGCAGCUUUCGACUCAGUCUUGACCGGAUAGACUUUCAGAGCUUGACCUAGUGACUUAAAGAUGCCAUAAUUAAAGUUACACAUCUGUUUGCAAGCUUGA